AUGCCCCUCAUCCCCCUCCGCCGCAUCACAACCCUCAUAGGACGCAAUUCAUAUCUACCAUCAUCUUCAGUCUUUGCCAGGGGUCACCAGGCAUUCAACUCUACCGGCACUUGUUUGAACCUACCGACAUAUCCGCUAUCGCCUCGCCGUUCAUACUACGGACAUAUCAGCGACCACAAAAUGGCGCCACAACUCGAGCCUUUUUUCAAGCAAGUUGAUGACUUGUCUGACGCGUUCAUCAACCGUUUGCGCGAUGCCGUUGCGAUUCCCUCCAUCUCUGCUCAGGAUGAGAACAGGACGGAUGUGUUCAAGAUGGCGGACUUCCUUGCCUCGGAACUUGAAGCCCUAGGCGCCGAAGUACACAAAAGACCUCUGGGCAAACAACCUGGAAAAGAGCAUCUUGACCUUCCUCCGGUCGUGAUUGCGCGCUAUGGCAAUGACAAGAACAAGCGAACAAUUCUAGUUUAUGGUCAUUACGAUGUGCAACCGGCCUUGAAGGAAGAUGGCUGGGCGACAGAGCCGUUUGAACUUACCGUUGACGACCAGGGUAGAAUGUUCGGACGCGGAAGUACCGACGACAAAGGUCCGGUUUUGGGCUGGCUGAACGUGAUUGAAGCGCAUAAAAAAGCUGGAAUUGACUUCCCGGUCAAUCUUCUCUGCUGCUUUGAGGGUAUGGAAGAGUACGGCUCAGAGGGUUUGGAGGAAUUCAUCCAUUCCGAAGCCAAGGGCUUCUUCAAAGAUGCAGAUGCUGUGUGCAUUUCGGACAACUAUUGGCUCGGAACUGAGAAGCCUUGCCUUACCUAUGGGCUUAGAGGAUGCAACUAUUACUCCGUCAGCAUCUCUGGUCCUGCUCAGGAUCUUCACAGUGGUGUUUUUGGUGGUUCCGCGCAUGAGCCGAUGACAGAUCUUGUCAACGUCCUGUCCAAACUUGUGGACCCUCAGGGCAACAUACUGAUUCCUGGAAUCAUGGAUCUUGUUGAGCCCGUCUCGGAGGACGAGAAAUCGCUGUACACCAACAUCAGCUACACCAUGGAGAACCUGUACGAGUCAUUAGGCAGCCAGACUGGCAUCCAUCCGACCAAGGAAAGGACCCUUAUGGCGCGUUGGAGGUUCCCAUCUUUGUCAAUCCACGGCAUUGAAGGAGCAUACUCCGCUCCGGGGGCGAAAACCGUGAUUCCAGCAAAGGUUAUCGGCAAAUUCUCCAUUCGUACCGUUCCCAACAUGGAGAGCGCGGAUGUGAACAAGCUUGUUUUCGACCAUGUAAAAUCAGAAUUUGCUAAGCUAAACAGCAAGAACACCCUGGAUGUAUGGCUUCAGCAUGAUGGCAAAUGGUGGGUUGCUAGCCCCAAGCAUUGGAACUUCUCGGCUGCAAGCAAAGCUGUGAAUCAAGUGUUUGGCGUGGAACCCGAUAUGACUCGUGAGGGCGGCAGUAUCCCGAUCACAUUGACCUUUGAGGAGGCGACCGGUAAGAAUGUCCUACUUCUGCCCAUGGGCAGCUCAACCGAUGCUGCCCAUUCUGUCAACGAGAAGUUGGACAAGAGAAACUACAUCGAAGGCACCAAGUUGCUUGGUGCUUAUCUGCAUUACGUCGCAGAAGAGCCUACUACAGCCACAUAA